AUGUAUCGCAACGCUUCGGAGAACAUCACAGCGCCAGAUACCAUGGACGAGUUGGCCAUCGCCUCGGCGUUUGGUACUAUAUUGUCCAUCAUGUACGUGGCCGGCGUGACGGGCAAUGUAUACACUCUGGUGGUGAUGUGCCAGUGCAUGAGAUCCGCUGCCUCCGUCUACAUCUCCAUCAUCAACUUGGCGCUGGCCGAUCUCCUCUAUCUCUCCACCAUCCCAUUCAUCGUCUGCACCUACUUCGCCAAGACCUGGUACUUUGGCGACGUGGGCUGCAGGCUCCUACUGAGCCUCGACCUCCUCACCAUGCAUGCCAGCAUCUUCACCCUCACCGUGAUGUGCACCGAGCGCUACCUGGCCGUGGCCAAACCCCUGGAAACGGUGAGGCGCUCCAAAGGCUAUAGGAAGGCCAUGGCUGGGGCAGUAUGGAUGGUGAGCUUCCUCUUGGCCCUCCCGGUCAUGAGCAUGUUUAAAAUGCAAGAGAGCAGGGUGGAGAACGGGGCCAUCAAGCGGACCUGCGCCAGCACUUGGAGCCAGGAGUCUUACACUGUUUACCUGACUGUACUAUUCAGCACCAGUAUCCUGGCGCCGGGAAUGGUCAUCGGCUACUUGUACACACAGUUAGCAAGGACCUACCUGAAAUCCCAAAGGAAGACGUUGGCAAAGAGCGAGAACAAGCAAGCGUCUAAACAGAGAGUGGUCCUCAUGAUCUUUAGCAUCGUGGUCGUCUUCUGGGCGUGUUUCCUGCCUUUCUGGGUCUGGCAACUUAUCCUUCUCUAUUCCACCAGCCUCAACAUGAGCCAGCGGACUGUAACGUGCAUCAACUAUUUCAUGACCUGCCUGACUUACAGCAACAGUUGCAUUAACCCCUUCCUGUACACGCUGCUCACCAAGAACUACAAAGAGUAUCUGAAACAAAGGCACAAACAGUUCCAGCGAUCAGGAUCCACGUCGUUCAGACGAAACGCCAGCCUGCGGCGAUCCAUUAAAUCCAUCUCUUCGUGGAACCACAACAGCAACUCUUCCGAGACUGUGGGCAUGGCUCAUUUGAAAGGGUCGAAGUGA